CAAACCCGCCCACCACCCUCCCCUCUUCCCUUCGGUGCGUCUCGGUCCGCCCGCAGCAGUCUUCUUCCCGGCGAGCUUUUCACUACAGAGAUGGCUGCGAAAGUGUGCAGAUCGGUCCUCCUGUUGUCCCGGAGCAGCGGAGCGGCGGCCGGCAGCCUCCCCGCACUUGUUGUCUCGUCACAGCGGCGACAUCAGCACAUACGACCGGACGUACUGUCUGCUCCUCUCAGCCGUCAGACUGUCAGGAGAGCACAUGGCCUACGAUCAGCGCCCCACUCCACACUCUUCACCCAGCCUCCCACUGCCCUGUCUCCACAGGUUUGGAGGGGCGGCUCCUCAUGGCAUGGCCAGAGACUGUUGUGUACCUCCGCUGCUCCAGAAGAGGUGACAGUGGUGUAUCAGAACGGACUGCCGGUGAUCUCAGUCAGUUUGCCUUCCAGGCGAGAGCGCUGUCAGUUCACCCUCAAACCUCUCAGUGACUGUGUGGGAGUUUUCCUGCAACAGCUCCAGGCAGAGGACAGAGGCAUCGACCGGGUAGCCAUCUACUCCAUAGAUGGAGCGAGGGUCGCCUCCUCCACGGGUAUAGACAUCCUGCUGCUGGAUGAUUUUAAACUCGUCAUCAAUGACACCACACACCUCGUGCGGCCACCGAGGAGAGAGCUGCUGCCCCACGAGGAGGGAGAAAGGCUGAAUGACGUCAAGUUCCUGGUGCAGCAGCUCUACACCACCCUGCGCAUCGAGGACCACCAACUUAGCAAAGAGCGCGAGCUGAUUGGACGACUGGAGGACCUCAACUCACAAAUCCGCCCCCUAGAGAAGGUGAGGGAAGAGUUGGGUAAGAAGGCAGAGCGGCGUACCACCUGGGUGCUGUGGGGAGGCAUGGCGUACAUGGCCACCCAGUUCGGCAUCCUGGCCCGGCUCACCUGGUGGGAAUACUCCUGGGAUAUCAUGGAGCCCGUCACCUACUUCAUCACUUAUGGCACAGCCAUGGCCAUGUACGCCUACUUUGUGCUCACACGUCAGGAGUAUGUUUACCCCGACGCUAGAGACAGACAGUAUCUGCUGUUCUUCCACAAGGGGGUGAAGAGGACACGCUUCGACAUUGAGCACUACAACAAGCUGAAGGAAGAUAUUGCUGAGGUGGAGUUGGAUCUGAAGCGUCUUCGGGACCCACUCCAGCUCCAGCUCCCAGUCCCGCAGCUCACCGCCAGUAAAAAUUGAUAGAACGAGUGACUCCCUCCUUUCUCAGCUCCUACAAGCCCCUCUCCCUCCUCCCACCUGCCGUCCAACACCCUUCUCCCUCUCCUUUCACCCUCAGCUAUUUCUCAGUCUCGUCCCCCUCCCCUCUAACUCCCAUCCCUCCCACACCCAAUAAUCCCAUCCCUUUCUCGACUGUGGGAGUUAGUUUUUCCUCUUUUUUUUUUUGUUUCUUUAUUUUUGAUUUAUCUUUUUGCUUUCCUGACUGAAAACUCCAGUUGGAAUCGCAAGUAAAGGAAAAAAAACGCUAAAUGACAAAGAAGGAUGAUUAGAAUACCAGGAAGUGAGGUCUCGUACAGGCGAAGGUUGUCGAGGAUAACGAAAAGGACGACGACGAUGAUGAUGAUAAUGGAAUAAAACUGGCCAAAUGCCUCAAGUCUCCAGAGGGACAGCCUGUAAGGAACUCCAGGGGGAUAUCGGGAAUUAUCACACCUCUAGACACUCCAGGACAGAGGACAUGCAGAGGGGCAUUGUUGAGUGUUUGUGUGUGUGUGCGCGUGUGUGGAGAGGAGGGCGGACUUUCAGGGUACACUGGGACACCGACCCUGGCCACGCUGCGGAUCGACACAGCCCCCCGCUUCCUUGAGCAGUCAAACUGUCAACACACACACAUCUACUCAUUGUCGGGGGCAGGCUCCGGGGAGACUCUCUGUCCCACAUGUUAAAGUUUACACAAACGUCCUUUCUGCAGUCGCACCAUCAGGGAGACCUUCAUCUCCCUGUAGCUGAACUGCUGCCUCUCCCUCCCUGGGCCGAGCCUCCUCCAGGUGACGGACAGCUGUCCUUCCACGUGUGACCUUUGUCAGGAGCUUGUCUCGACCCGGCAGGAUGUAGGCGCGGCAACGCCUCGUUUCCUCUUCCUGUUGACGUCCUGUAGCGGGCCCCGUCUGCGCAAGUAUGAGAAGUUCUACCGACAACAACAUCACUGUGUGUUCUUUUAUUCCAAAAAAAAUAUUUUGGCACUUUUUAUUUUGAAAGCCAUAGUAUAUUUGUUAUGAGAAGAAUAUAAAUAUAUAUAUGUAUACAAUCAAAUAAACAAAUGACCAGA